AUGAUGCUCAGUCCAGUGAGCAAAGUGAUGGAAAGCCAAAGAGAGGAAGGAAGGAGGAGAAGGAGCUCUAAUUUGUUAUCCAAUCAUUUGAUCAUCGAUCCAAUAAAAGACGGUUCGGACGGGGUGAAACACGCGAAACAUUUCUACAUCGAUCCCAGGAGUAGAUUUAAGUUUUGGUGGGAUAUCGCGAGUUUAGUGUGCGUCGGGCAUUCGGUGAUUGUUUUGCCGUUCGCGCUGGCGUUUUUACGGUUCGAUGGUAACGAGGAAGAGCCGAUGUAUUCCAAGGCGAUCGGGUACUUGGUCGAUGCGUUCUUUUGGCUGGAUAUUGGCGUCACAUUUUAUUCGGCGUAUUAUUCGAGCCGAGGGACGUUAGUGGUUGAUUUGAAAGUUAUUCGCGAGCGGUACGUCAAGACGUGGUUGGCGUUAGACUUGUUGGCGGUUUUUCCGUUCGAGAUUUUCGUUCAGUCGCAAUACUCGAAGAACGCGGAUUUGUUAAAACUGACCCGGUUGUUGAGGAUCACGAGAGUGGUGAAGUUUUUAGAGUCGAGGUACCAAAGUUUGCACGAAUCCGCGAGAUUAUAUUCUCGCGCGGUGAAAAUACUCCUAUUUUUGGUGCUUUCGUUUCAUUGGAUCGCGUGCGCGUGGCACAGUUUGUGUUCAGCAGGGGCCGACGAGUGGUGCACGUCAGAAUACGUGCACUUGCACGAUAACGUGUCGUUGCAAUACGCGGCGGCGUACCAAGUCGCUACUUCGAUUAUCCUUUCCAACGACCCUUUGCAGACGUAUUCUUCACCGAGGAGCAUCCUACCCUUAAAAGCGCUAUCAUUUCUAUCGUUUGUGAUGCUCGUGGGUGGAGUAUUAUACAUAAUCGCCUUAGGUAACGUCGCCGCUCUCGUCACGGCCAUAGUAGGGCGCGACGAGUUACAAAGGAGAAAAUUUGAGCAAGUUUCCGAUCUCAGCGAACACUUGAAACUACCGAGCGCGUUACAUUUGAAAAUGCAAUCGUAUUUUGAAUACGUCUGGUUGAGACACCGUGACAUCGACGAGAAACGCGUCGAGCAUUUCUGCGCGACUUUGCCGAUCAGCUUACGAAACGAAGUCUUAUUGCACGCCCACCGAGAAAUGUUACGAAACGUGCCCAUAUUUCGAGGUUUGAACGCAAAAUGUAUCUUAGAAAUUGUGAACCGAAUGACCUCUAUCGUGGCAUUACCCGGCGAUCUGAUCGUGACGAAAGGUCAUUCGAACUCUGGGUUAUAUUUCAUUUCCCGCGGCGAAGUAGAAGUCAUCGUACACGACGACGAAGAAGAAGAAGAACAAGAAGCGCGGAAAACCGCCCGCCCAAAAAUCCUCCUCACCGAAGGCGACUACUUUGGCGAAGUCUCGUUACUCUUAAACACACCAGCCACGGCCACGAUCGAAGCCGUUUCCUUCUGCGACUUAUUCUACAUCUCCGGGCACGAUUUCCAUCUGGUCAAGGAAGCCAGCCCGGACAUCGAGCAAACGUUACGCGACGCCAGAAAAGAGUUGUUCGACAAAGUCGGCGACAAAGCCGGCGACAAAGAAACAAAGAAAGAGAAGAAGAUGGAGGAGGAGGAGAAGCAGAAUGCGGCGUCCUCAUCGUCAUCAAUAAUGUCCGCUAAAAAAAGCUUGCGAUUUUAA